AUGGCUUCACGGUGUCAUCUUUUUUGGACAUUGUUUUUCUUGGUUAUACUGGAAGGAUUGUUUAUAGGGACUAUAACGAAUUGGCCCUCGCUGUUUGAAGCACCAAACUCCAGAAUAAAAGAAGCUCUCUAUGUGAAUUCACCUGAGGCGAGUGCAGCUUAUAUUUUUCAAAGAAGACGACCGAAAAAUAUCCGUCUCUUUGUAGCUAUUCUAACGCACGCGUCCCGUAAAGCAAGACGGGACGCCAUUCGAGAUACGUGGUUCACUGAGUGUAAACUUAGAACAGACGAGGUUUUUUGUGCGUUCUUUACUGACCAAGCGGGCUUGGAAAACGAAACGAAAAAUGCUAUUUUACAAGAACAUGAAGAAAACAACGACCUGAUUUUUCUUCAAGUCGAAGGUGAGUGGGUUGAUUCGCUCAUAAAAAUUGUUGUUUUUUUUAAUAUAUUAAUUUUCCAGCAAUAUAACUGGCGAUAGGCUGUACUUAUAACUAGAUUUUCUUCAAAUUCCUUGUUGAAAGAAAUGGAUGUUUAAAUUAUCAUAACUCUGAACAGUACACGUUUUUGUAUCUAACAAUCCGGAUAAUCACUGACUUUUUUUGACAUUCGAAUUCUGACACGACGAAGCUAUUGUUUUACAGAAAUAAGGUUGAAGAAGAUUUGAAUUUUAAGAAGUGCGCGAAAUCGAAUUUUUGGAAUUGCGCGAAAAAUUGGUGCUCUAUGCAAAAUAAGAAAUAUAUUUUCUGGCUGCGCUCAAAUUUCUACACACGGGCUCUUUUCGUAUGUCGCUGCUCUGUCAGCAAGGCCAAUCUCUUACAAAUGAAUUAAGGAGGUAAGUUUCUAAAGAAACUGUUGUGCUGUUGGGUGUUACAAGAUUAUUUGGUUUUAUCAUUGAUAAUGUAAAUUGACUACCGUAGAGAGUUUCUGAAGCUGACGUUUUGAGCGUUAACUUUUCGUCAGAGCGAACUCUUUCAAAAGUUCUCCAUAAUACUUAUUAGUUAUUUUUAUAUUUAUGUGAAGAUGGGUUUGGAAAUUGAAAUUUUUCAACUUCAGACUUCCUUUUUGAUCACGGAGAAAUCUUUUGAAUCGAAUAAGUGCUCCUCUGAAAAUUUCAAUACAGUAAUUGCUCACUUUUGUUGACAGAUAAUUUAGCCUUCACCGAAAGAUUGCUUCAGACAAUGGAAUGGGCAUCAGAACGGCACAAGUUUGAUUACUUUCUACGCAUAGAUGACGACCAUUUCCUUUGCCUGGAUCGACUUCUGUAUGAAUUAAAUUUCCGUCCAAAAGAAGCACUGUACUGGGGAUUUGUGCAUUGUAAACCAAAAAUAGUCCGCGUGGACGAAGCUUGGCUUCUUCUCACGCACGACUUGAUCGAAGAGAUUCUUGAGAAGAGAAACAGUAGUCUUCUUUGCUCCCCCUACGGUGAUCAGGCGGCAGCGUUAUGGAUGAUGGAGAGCAAGAAGAAUGUUACUUACUUCAUGGACAACCAAAGAAUUGUACACAAAAGCGCAGGAAAAGAUCAGAGGUUUUUACUCGAUAAGGACGUUUGCCAAAAAUAUUUGAGUCUUCAUGGAUCGUACCCCAGAUCUAUGAGACAAUUGUGGCUGUCUUCUUAUGUCUUGCGCAAGGAAACUUCAUUGUCUGGUUCAUAUAAUAUCACUGAAAUAGAACCGUUCGCAAAGUUGUGCCGCCAUUCCCCUGUUUUUGACUAUAUGGGGUUCUUCCCUGAGUAUAGGUUCGAGCCCAAGCCCUGUUCGGGAAACCCGAAGUGGUCCAUUUCUAAGAAACCCCAUGUGGGCCGAGAAGAAGCUGGAGAAAGAUACUCAAAGUAUAAAUAA